AUGCUGAGGGAGCUGCUGUCUCUGAUCCAGACGGGCAGCGUACGAUGCAUCACCGCGGCCGCCUCCCUGGUGUCCCUAGCCUGGGCUCUGGCCUCGUACCAGAAGGCGCUCCGGGCCUCUCGGGACGACAAGAAGCCCGUCAGCUACCUGGCCGUGGUCAUCCAGUUCUGCUGGCACUUCUUCACCAUCGCGGCGCGCGUCAUCACCUUCGCGCUCUUCGCGUCCGUGUUCCAGCUGUACUUCGGCAUCUUCAUCGUGCUGCACUGGUGCGUCAUGACCUUCUGGAUCGUCCACUGCGAGACCGACUUCUGCAUCAGCAAGUGGGAGGAGAUUGUGUUCGACAUGGAUGACAGGCUCAUCUACCUCUUCUACUGGUUCAACGUCAAGGAAGGGCGCACCAGAUACCGCCUGUUCACGUACUACCUGGUGAUCCUGGUGGAGAACGCCACGCUCAGCACCCUGUGGUACCUCUACCGCGCGCCGCACGCCACCGACGCCUUUGCCGUGCCCGCGCUCUGCGUCAUCUUCAGCUCCUUCCUCACCGGCGUGGUCUUCAUGCUCAUGUACUACGCCUUCUUCCACCCCAACGGCCCGCGCUUCGGCCGCUCCCCCAGCGGCCAGGCGCUCAGCCUGGACCCCUCCGCCGCGCAGUUCUCCGCGCUGCCACCGGAGGGCGCCACCAACUCGCUGCGCUCCAACCGGGAGCGAAGCGCCACCCUGGAGCGCGACCUGGCCAAGCACUCGGAGCGCGACGGCUGCAUGCCCGUGUUCCAGGUGCGGCCCACCGCCGCCUCCACGCCCUCGUCGCGGGCGCCGCGGCUCGACGAGACGGUGGUCCGCAUCGACCUCUGCCGCAACCGCUACCCGGCCUGGGAGAGGCACGUCCUGGACCGCAGCAUCCGCAAGGCCAUCCUGGCCAUCGACUGCUCGCCGGCGCCGCCCCGCCUGCAGUACAAGGACGACGGCACCGUGCAGGAGCGGCUGGAGUACGAGACCACCCUGUAG